GGCCCCGUCAGGACCCGAGCUGGACUGGCCCGCCUCUCCCAGCUCCCAGCGCCUCCGGUCCGCUCCUGUCCUCCACCCGGCUGCUUCCAGCGCCCGGAUCACUUCCGCAGGUCUGGAAUCUACAAUGAGUCGGCAGGGCUCUGCCCCUCUGGAGAAUCCAUCCUUGCCUUUCCAGCUUCUAGAGGCUGCCCACACUCCACCUUACACCAGCCUCUGCCUCUGUGGUCACGUCUCCUUCCCCGGGCUCUGACCCUCCUGCUUCCCCUGAAGGGGCCUGGUGAUCCAGCCAGGCCCACAUAGCGACCCGGAAAGCUCUUCCCCUCUCGGAUCCUCAGUCACUUCCAGAAGUCUCCAUCUGCUGUGGUUGGUGACAUCUCAGUUCCAGGGAUUAGAAGCUGUCUUGAUACGAUGACUGUUACUAAGUCUUGAUAAGACUGAAGCAUGUGUGAGCAUGUGACUGCCUCACAGCCCUGCCUUCAUGGGAACUGACAAGGAACAAGGAGGUGCACGGGUGAGACUCUAGGAAGCAGGCUACGUGUGUGGUCACUGGAAGGUCUCUGCCAUCUUGCUCAAGUAUCUUGUUACAGGUGCUGUUGUUUCCUGUCCCAAGACUGCUCUGUAAUGAUAUUUGCCAGGGAUUGAUUAUACUGCCCCACUUCCAGUGGCAUAUGCUGCUGGCAACUGGAUUUCUCUUCCUCCCACCACCUCCUUCCUCACCCUCCUCCUGCUGGGGAUGGACCCAGAGUUUCACAUGUGUUGGCAAGCUCUCUACCACGGAACUGCAGCCCCAGCCCUAGACUUCUUCUUAAGCAAUGAAAAAGAUGGGGACACUGAAGCUGAGCAAGAUUGCUAAAGGUCAUGGUUAGUGAGAGGUGAGAAUCCAGGCACUGCUGCUUGUAAUCCUGUGUCCUCGAGAUGACAGCGGGGUUGUUGGGUCAGAUGUGGAGGAAAAGCUCGAAAGGCUUCCUGCAUGUACUCACUCUCUACACUCCGAACUUGUCUACCUGGAUGCAUCAUUUUCUGCCCAAACAGCAGCUGUCUUUCUCAUCUUUCAGCAUUCACACCAGAAGUCCCUCUAAAGAGCUUCCUGCCAGCUGCGCCUCCCAGAUUCUCAGUGUGCCUGCCUGGCCAGGUGGAGCAGAAAACAGACCCCUUGCCAGUCACGCUGAGCUCUUACCCUGUAGGUCUGACCUCGAGGCCCAGCUGUGGUGUCUGCUCCUGAGCCAAGACAGGGAUGGCUGCUCUGGAAGGUCAACACUGGGCCUCCUCCCAGUGCCUGGACUGGCAGGGUUAGUUUCGAGCCCGACACUAUGGCAUCAUCACCUUCCCUCCCAGUGCCUCACUCGCAGCCCAGGAAGCCUCUGGGCAGGAUGGCUGACUGGUUCAGGCAGGCCCUGCUGAAGAAGCCUAGGAACGUGCCCAUCUCCUCGGAAAGCCACCUCAGUGGCGAUACGCAGCUGGCCUCACAGGACAGCGCCCCACCUCUGAGCCUCCGCUCAGUCGCGUCUUCUACCCCACCGCCAAUACACUCGGACACCAGCAGCAGUGGCCGCUGGAGCAAGGACUAUGACGCCUGCGUGUGCCACAGCGAGGAGGACCUGACUGCUGCUCAGGAGCUGGUCUCCUAUCUGGAGGGCAGCUCCAAUCAGCUGCGCUGCUUUCUGCAGCUGAGGGAUGCGACCCCAGGCGGGGCCAUCGUGUCUGAGCUGUGCCAGGCGCUGAGCAGUAGUCACUGCCACGUGCUGCUCAUCACCCCCGGCUUCCUCUGUGACCCCUGGUGCAAGUUCCAGAUGCUGCAGGCCCUGACCCAGGCCCCAGGGGCCGAGGGCUGCACCAUCCCCUUGAUGUCCGGCCUGACCAGAGACGCCUACCCCGCUGAGCUCCGCUUCAUGUACUACGUGGACGGCAGUGGCCCGGAUCGGGGCUUCCGCCAAGUAAAGGAAGCUGUCAUGCGCUAUCUGCAGACACUCAGUUGAAACUUUUUGUGGGGUCAUGGGACCCAGAAAGUUGGGGUCAAGCUGGAAAUACCUCAUACAGAGCCUUGGAUUCCAGGAGAGGUGACAGGAGGCUUUGGGAGCCAGUGUCUGGAGUGCCUUGUACAUGACCCUGGGAUCAGACUGCCCAAAGAGCUUCCAUUACUAUCAGUUCUCCAGGAAGGCCAGAGGGACGUUGGGGAUUCCCCCAGGAAGGCUUCAGGGACACUGGGGACUCCCCCAGGAAGGCCAGGAGGAGGCUGGGGAGUCCCCCAGGAAGGCCAGGAGGAAGCCAGAAAUUGGAGGCGGUAGGAGGAGGAGCUGAUACCUGGAGGAGCAGCUGUGUUUGGCCUGCUGCCUAAUUGGACAGAAGCCUAGUACACACCUGCCUUCUUCCCCAGAAUGGGUCACUGGUGCAGACAGGCCUCCCUCCCAGUGAUGAACUGGAAACUUAAGCUGCAGGCUCAGCAUGGAUACUCUUCCAGCUGCCUGGGGAACCCCCAGAAAAGGUGUCAGGAGAAAGCAACAGGUAUGGAGCCCUUCAUGCUCGCAUUACUGCUGUUCUCUUUCCCAGAGACAUCAACUUGCUUCAGAAAGCUAGGUGGAGGUGCAUUGUAUUUUAUUUAUUGCAUGACUCCCACUGAAGACACAGCUUAGAGCUGGAGGAGAAGCCCAGUGGUUCAGUGUGUGCUUAGCAUGCAUGAAGCCCUGGGCUUGAGUCCUACGACCAAACAUUUAAAAAAGAAAACCAAAACUACGAGUCAUUCUGAAUGUACUAGAAAGGAGAGGGAGCAGGUGGGGAGAGAAGGAAGCAGAGCUCAGGGCUCAGCCCCUUCUCCUGGUGCAGAACCCCACUGAUCCUUGACAACCCAGGGCCGCAUCGAAGGCCCAGUAGAACCAAAGCUGCUUUCAGCAUAGCUGUCUUCACCUUUGGACUGAGAGGAAUCAGCAUUUUUCUUCUGGGAGAGACUAUGUUCUUUGUAGGACAGCUGGAUGUCCUGCAUCUGUACUCAGUAAGUUUGUUGUUGAACUAAAUUUGUUUCUCCCAGUGUGUACUUUUAUGCCUCUUCUGUCAUUUUCCUCAUCACAUGCCCUCUUUACUGAAAAACAAAAAUUUUUAAUUAUGAAUAAUUAUACCUGAUGUGCACACCUGCAACCCCAGGACUCGGGAAGGUGAGGCAGUUGGAGGCUAGCCUGGGCUACACAGCAAGACUGUCUCAAAAAACCAAAAAAGGGCCAGGGAUUUAGCUCAGCAGCACUGCGCCUGCCUUGCAAGUGCAAGGUCCUGAGUUCGUUCCCCGGUACCAAAAAAAACCAAAAAAAAAAAAAAAAAAAAAAGGGGUUGUAGCUCAGUGCAAAGGCUCUGAGUUCAAUGCCCAGAACUGAAAAAAAAAAAAAUCAUCCCUAACAUGAUUCUUUGUCCCCUGCAUUCCAGUCCCCUUUACUUUCCUCACCAGAAAUAAUCACUAUUCUGAAUUUUGAACUUAAUCACUCCCAGCUUUUCUGUAUAAAGUUCCUGCAUUUUUGCAUCCCUGCCAAAAUGUUGUUUAAUUUUAUGUGGUUUUAUAUUUUAUACAAACAUCAUUAUAAUGUUUGUAUUCUGUGGAUUUGUUUGUGAGAUUUAGACACAUUGAGGCCUGUCACUCCAGUUAAUUCCUUCCUUUCAUCGUGUAAAUAUGCUACUAUUUAAUUACACAUUCUACAAAUGGGUACUUGAUUGUUUCCAGUAUUUUGCUAUUAAAGACAAAGAGCCUGGCUGGGCAUGGUAGCGCACACCUGAAAUCCCAGCAUUUAGGAGGCUGAAGCAGGAGGACAGGUGUGAGUCUGAGGCUAGCCUGGGUUACAUAAUUUUUUUGUUGUUUGGUACCAGGGUUUGAACUCGAGACCUUGUGCUUGAGAGGCAGGCAGUGGAACCACUGAGCUAAAUCCCCAGCCCUAGACUGGGUUACAUAAUGAAUUCAAAGCCAUCCUGAACUACAUAUCGAGACCCUAUCUGAAAAAACAAACAAACAAAACCAAAGAGCCAGCCAGACAUGGAGGGGCACAGCUGUGACCCCAGCUACUGGGGAGGCUGAGUCUGGAGAAGCACAUACUUGAAACCAAGCAACUUAAGACCCUCUUUCAGAAUUUGGGAAAAAAAUGGCAGAGGACUGGAGAUAUAGCUCGGUAGUCCCUGGGUACGGUCAAUCCCCAGUACCACCAAAAAAAAAAAAA